CGUAGUUGAGUAGCAGGAAGUAGGAGUGACCUGAGCGGGGACUAAUUCGAUUCGCGUCAGAUAGUGCGAGCCAAACGAAAAUCCCACUCUCGAGCGACCAUUGGUUUUGUUAUUCGAUCAGCUGCGCUGCCAUUGAUUUGAGAUGGAUCUUCGAUUCACCCCCUUCCUUGUCCUCUGCCUCGCUGUCUUUUCCCGCAGUAGAUCAUCAGCUGAAGCUGAUACUGCGAAAGAGAAGACUCUAGCAAUGGUGAAACCCGACGGGGUGGAGGGUAACUUUGUUGACACUAUAAAGAAAGCCAUUUUGGAUUCUGGAUUCGCCGUUACACAGGAGAUGCAGCUUAAGUUAGACGAGGAUGUCGUGACACGUUUUUAUGCAGAGCAUUCUUCCAAGGGCUUCUUUCCGAGCCUCGUUCGAUACAUGACAAGCGGAUCUGUGGUGAUCAUGGUUUUGGAGAAGGAAAAUGCUGUAGCCGAUUGGCGGGAUUUAAUAGGACCUACCGAUGCAACCAAAGCAAAAGUGACACAUCCGAAGAGUAUCAGAGCAUUGUGCGGAAUCGACUUGCAAAGAAACUGUGUUCAUGGCUCCGAUUCGCCACAAUCUGCCGCCAGAGAGAUAUCCUUUUUCUUCAAUGAGGCAUUUUCAGCAGUUGCUUCAAAGCACGACGAGUUAUGAAGUGAGUCGUUGUUCAUACAAAUCGACAAUCUUGGUACACCGGGAAGCUUACAGGUCCUAAAAUUUAGUUUUGGAUUAAAGUGUAUGAAGAGAAGACUGUGAGUUUAGUUAGUCCACUUUGAUUGAGUUCAAGUUUAGUUUUUGCUUGCAUUUUAGGCAACAAGAGUUUCCAAUUAUGGAAAGUCUCGAUAGAUGAUAUGUAUGUAUGUAUGUAUGUCCCCCUUCCCCACCCCACCCCCCCCUAGAGACUCGACUUGACUCCUUCAUCACAUGGCCUAUUACCCCUUCUUGGGUGCAGAAAACAAAGGGUUUAAAUUCUUUUUCUU